GGCACACAGCGUUAUUAUGUUGUACAUUUUGUAAAAGAGAACACUGUUGAAGUUGUACCAGAGCAGUGCGUGGAGAAGAGAUAUGGGGUGAGUUGAUCAGUUAAAUGGUUUACCCUUUUCAGGCAAAGAGAUGGAUAAAUAGUUAACUUUAAACAGUGUCUCAUAUCUUGCAGGUCCUGUGUUGCUACUGGCCAAGAAAUGCCAGCGCAACAAUGAUUAAGAGAGGAGACCAGCCUGACAAAAUAUUAUUGGAGAAGUACAGAAUUUCCAUCUUUUCAUCCACUGGUAAAAUAAUAUUUUACUGUAUCCAUCCACUCCCGUUUAUAUUGCAAUGUAUGCUUGGUUGUCUGGCUCUGGAGCAGGUUGCAUCAGUUGAACAUACUCCUAUACCUAAGGCUAGUUCGAACGUAGAAUAUGUUCUAAGCCAGGCGUAAACCUUUUGCUACGCCAGGGUGUAAAAACUAAGUGUAAUGUGGAGUAGACGUAUAGUAUCAAUCUAUAACUAGUUUCCAGGGUAAGUGUUUCAUGACUAGUCAUGUCGCAUCUUGUUCAAUUUUCUAAAUCAUUAUGUCGGGCGUAGGUAGGCCCAACUUAUCUCUUACACCUUAUUAGCGUCUAACUGGUGCAACCCACUCCUGGUCAGUAGAGUCAGGAACUUCCCCCUCUUAAGUACUGUAUGUAUUUGCUGAAAGUAUUACUAUGUGAAUUACAAAUACUCAAUACCCUGUUUUGCCAGUGUUAAUAGGAAAGUAUUUAUGACUAUGUUUAUUGCACGUACAGACAAUUACUCUGUGGCAGAGCAACAAGCCAAACGGUGGGUUGACACCUCCAAUGUUGAAUCUGACGAGGAACCAGCGAAGAGGGCGGUGACUAAACCAAUCAGAUUCCGUGUAGAGCCACCUGGUGAGGAUUUCUUAACUGCUCUUAUUCCAUUGUGUGUAUUACAUGCAUCAGGAAGUAGAUGAAAUAAAUAACAAUUUUUUUGUAUUGUGCUUCGUAAGAUGAUGAUGGAAGUGAAGCACUCCAGAAAAAGACAAAUGAACCCAGACAAGCCCAGCUUCCAGUGCCCCAGCUUCCACCAGCCCCUAGUGGUAAGAUCCUGCAUUAGGCUACUAGGUCAUUAAAUGUAUAAUCAGCAAGUUGAUGGGAAGUUUGACACACAUUCAAGUAUGUGGGUGAAGAAAAGCUUACAGUUAAUGCAAGUACUAGUCUUAAAUUGAGACGGCAUGAAAUCAUAACCUAAUGACAGUUGAUAUGACAAGAAAUUACCACACCCAUCUGGUCUUGACAUACUUGAUUAUUAGUCACAUUACCGAAGUGUAACAGUUCUUUAUUUUAUUUUAUUAGCAACUUAUUAGCAAUUUUAUUAGCAACUACAAGGUACAAAAUGUUUCAAGUCUGAUAAACAAGCCUACUUUCUCAAAGUUCUGUUCCCACCAACUGUAUGGGAUGAACAGGAAAAUCUGUUAAGGUUGUACUGUAAAUGUGGUAACGGUUUGACAUCUGUGAUAUUCUCUUAAGUUGCAGAUGCAGAGGACUUGACGCCAUGUGCCAUCUCAAGCCAGAGCGACAGUCUGGUUGUAGUUUGUAAGGGUAAACAAUUGAAUUGUAUGAAGUAUUAUAGCUUUACAAACCUUUCAAAGCCAAUUCAAUAGAAUACAAUUACCAUCAUAUUUUUGCAUAUUAGGUUAUUUAAAGUCUUAUUUCUACUUUGUGCAUACUGUUAGAACUUUCCAAAUACUUGUGGUGCUGUGUAUGUGUGAAACUUGUAUUUACAACAGUAGUGACAUCACCAUAUUCUUCUGGGGUAAAACACAAGUGUGAUACCAUGUUUGUAAAUGUCUGUAUGUAUUUGCCAUCAAACUGAAAUAAUGAUUUAAAACAAAAAAUUAUGCUUAGCAUUUAUUUUUGUUGGGAUUCAUUAACCUUCCCACUGAGCUCCUGACUGACAUCCCUUCUUGAUGAGCCUGUGGCUUCUGAGAUGCCCGCUGGAUACAUUAAAAGUAUAUUAUGUUAGCCUAUAUGUUACAAAAUGUUGCUUCUCUUGUAUUAUCAACAUCAAUUCCAAAUUGUAUGGCUGUCAGCAGCUAUACGGUUAUCAAUACUACUUAUAUAUAUGAAGGAUGGAUAUUUUGAUCGAGGUAUUUCACAUGGCCUUGAUACAUGUCCUGCCUGGUACUCAUGGCUUCUAUCGUCACGCUGCUUGCAGCUAAACUGUUGAGUCUUUUAUUAUUUUGCAGAUCUUCAAGAAGUGGAGAUGAGGAUAAUGGUGAAACUGGAGAUGAUCCGUACAGAGUUCAAGACUGCUCUGAACCAAGUUAUGGAGGCCAUAGAGGCCCGGCAACCAAAGGAGUCGGAAUCCUUGGGGCAACUUGAAAUGUUGCAAAACCCUGCAGAAACAAAUGAGGAACUGAAGGAUAUCUGUGAAAUACUUAGACUCCCACUAUCGAAAGAAAAUGGUAGGGAUGGCCAUUUAAAAUGUAUCUGUUUGUAAAAAAUGGGAAAUCUACAUCAAGUAUUUUAACAGCAAUUGACAAAAACAAGUUAGCUGUUUAUCAAGAGCCCCUUGAAUGCAUCCAGAUUUGAGAGAAGAUUACAACCUGCAAUAUUAUUGAAUCCAAAUCUCUUAAUGUCAACGAAAUGCAGUUGUCAUAUAUGCCAUAUGCCUAUUUAGUGUUUGGAUUGAUUUCCCAAUUAACACUUAAUUUAUCUUAAGAAGAAACGAUCAGCCCUCUGCCUGUUUACACAAGUUUUAGCCCAUGAUUACCUGAUACACUACAAAAAUGAUUUAUCAUUACUAUCAAUCAGAACUGUAUGGCCAGCUGUAUGGCCAGCUGUUUUAGCUGAGGAACACACAAAUGAGUGUUUUAAAAAAAAAAUAUAUUGUUAAUUUUUUUAUCAGAUCCGAUACCUGACCCUCUGCUGUGGCCUGGACCUGGGCUCAGGAAUCAGACGAAUUAUGAGAGAAAUU